GGCUUCUUCUUCCCAUGUGUUCGGUCAUUGCUUAUCUCUGUUCCCGAUCGCCGGUCAGUCCUUCGUUUUGAGUAUCUCCGCCGCGCGCAGCCACAGAUCAGCAUCUCCAGGGCUCUUGUUCAAACAUGGUGACCGGAUCACCUGAGACAGAUCCCUUUGAUUCGCUGCCAGGAGGUUUGCGACUUUUCCUUCGCAACUUGCACUCUCUUGUUCCUAUAAAAUUAGAUGACAGCAAUUAUCCGUCUUGGUCAUCGACCGUUAAAGCUACACUUCAGGCACACCGUCUCUUUGGAUAUGUCGAUGGUUCUGUACAGGCUCCUACGCCAACUAUUCUGGAUGAAAAGGCACCUGUCAGUGCAGACAAACAGCCGGUUCUCAAACCAAAUCCGGCCUAUGAUCAAUGGCUUAUUAUUGAUGCUCAACUUCGUGCAUCUCUUCUUGCUCUCCUUUCCCCGACCAUUCAGAAUUUGGUUCAUCUUUGUUCCUCUGCUGCCGAGAUUUGGGAUCAUCUACAUACAUGUUAUAAUUCUCUAUCCCGUACUCAUAUAUUUCAACUCAAGGAGCAACUCAACAACCUUCACAAAGGGCAUGAUUCAAUGCAAAAAUAUUUAGACUCGGUGCUUGGAAUUGUUUCAUCUCUUGCUCUUGCACGUGAGCCCGUCCCUGAACAGGACAUUAUUCUAAGUGUCCUGCGAGGUUUUCCAUCAGAGUAUGCCUCACUUAAACAGAAUAUUGGGACGAACAUUACUGACCUUACUUUCAACAAAGUGUCAUCUUGGUUGCUCUCCGAGGAGCUCAAUUUGCAGAUGGAACAAAAGCUGCAUCUUGGCUCCUCCUCUAGUCCGUCGAAUGAGGUUCAUACUGCUUUAUAUACUACGAAUGGACGUGGUGAAAGUCGACGUGGACGUGGCCGUGGUCGCUCCUUCAAUGGCCGAAGAGGGGGCCGUACCAGUGGAGGUGGCCGAUUCCAGUCAGAUCGUGGUCGUGGUCGUGGCCCUUAUCGAGCAUCGACACUAGUCUGUCAAAUUUGUGGUAAAUUUAAUCAUGGUGCAUGGCAAUGCUGGAAUCGUUACAAUGAAGAUUUUUCUGGUCCACCUCAUUUCAUUAAUAAUGCUCAAGCUUUGUACACCACAUAUCUUACAGACACUAAUCAGAAUUGGCAUCUAGACUCUGGUGCAACGACUCAUGUGACUUCGGAUUUAUCAAGGCUCCAUAAUCCCUUACCAUACCAUGGCCCAAACUCUGUUUCUACUGCUGGAGGGCAGUCUCUACCUAUAUCGUAUGUUGGCUCAGGGAAAGUGUCCACACCCGCAGACACUAAUCAGAAUUGGCAUCUAGACUCUGGUGCAACGACUCAUGUGACUUCGGAUUUAUCAAGGCUCCAUAAUCCCUUACCAUACCAUGGCCCAAACUCUGUUUCUACUGCUGGAGGGCAGUCUCUACCUAUAUCGUAUGUUGGCUCAGGGAAAGUGUCCACACCCGCAGUUUGUUCGUUCAUCGUCCACUCCUACUGCGGCUCCACUGGUGAUCAACGCCUUGAAGACGACGUCUCAUCAGUGGCACUGUAGGCUUGGUCAUCCCUCUUUCCAAGUUACCAAGUUGUUGUUUUCUAAGUUAGGUGUCUCUUUUGAGUCGAAUAAUUUCUUUUGUGACUC